CAUGAACCAAAAUUACACUCUCUGGUGGCUAUGGCCAUGCUUCUCUCCCUCUGUCCACGCAUACCAAAAACCCUGCUUACCUCUAACAGUAACUCAUCCAAGCCCAUCAAUAGUCUAAAACAGAACCCCCUCUCCAACUCCUCCAGGCGGCCUUUCAUUCUCAAUACUGCUUCAAUUUGUUUACUUCCCCUACUUAUACAAUCCCCUUUUACCAUAUCGUCAGCUGAAACAUCUCCUGCGAAGUCGUUUCUCUCGGGCAUUGCUAACACAAAGUCUUGGUUUCAAUUCUUUGGUGAUGGGUUCGCCAUUCGUGUCCCUCCUCAAUUCGAGGACAUUACGGAACCUGAGGACUAUACUGCUGGAUUAUCUCUUUAUGGUGACAAGGCUAAGACAAAGACCUUUGCCGCACGGUUUGCAUCUCCCGAUGGGUAACAGUUAUCAUGCUGGAUUCGAUUUAUUUUGAUGCCUUUUUCUUCUUUAUUCUGCUGGAGUAUAUUUUGUGAGGU